AUGCUCACAAACAUCAGCGUUUGUAAAGACUUUUACGCCGCGUGGCAGGAGCUGCCUCCAGAGGUUCAAGAUCAAAUACUGGAGUAUUUGACCUUCCGCGAACUUGAAGCCAUCUCCCGUACACCAGCUUUCCGCGAUGAUUCACUCGAAGAACCACCGACCAUCGUUGCAUCGAACGUGUUGGCUGCUCGAUCCCGCAAGGUGGUAGUCGCCCGAGCGAAGGCCUAUCUUCAAGAUUUUUCUCUUCCUUUCGGGCCCACCAUGGAAGCUAUGCGACAGUUUUCAACGCUCUGGUCAGGGUCCGCCGUACUCGCGGUAGGCCAACCUGUCUCAUGGCAGGUGGGAGACUUGGACUUCUACUCUCCUAAGCCCUACGCCCCUCUCUUCAUCGAAUUUUUACAAGAUAACGGCUAUCAUUACCCCACCUCUCCGUCCGAACGAGAAAUUUCUCCAGACAACACCGAGGAGCCUACGCUUGGAGCCCCUCAAGGCCACCAUUCUCGACCUUCACAUAUACAUUACCUCCAGCGUGCUUCCGGAGUCCCUGCGGGUAGCGUCGUCUCCAUCGUCGAAGAAGGAGACACCCAUCACCAUGACUUCGCCGGUCCCUAUAUUCACAAUCAAGGCAUCGACGCGGUUUAUAGCCUUUACAACCGUGAGGGAAAAAAGGUCAACGUCAUCCAGUCCUCCACUAGCACUGCUUGGACCCCCAUACUCUUCUUCCACUCGACUCUGGUCAUGAACACGAUCAACCACAAUGGCCUCAUUUCUCUAUACGGCGAGAUGACAUUCCGCGCUCAAGCAGGGCUACAGAAUUACGGCGGGCAACUCGAUCCCUACAUGGAGAUGGCCUUGGACAAGUAUCGCUCCCGAGGUUUCGACAUCUACGCUGCGUGUGGUGACUUCGGCUGCCCCUGCACCACCAACGUUCAUGGUGGAUACGGUGCUUUGUGCCAAUCUGCCCAUCGCUUCCUCGGUGACAAGGACACUCUCCUCAUGACCUUCGACGGCACGCGUAUGGAUUUGCCCGAUACCACUAAGUGGAGGUUGGGCGGUAAUUAUGAAGUCAUCGACGGGCUUUACAUUGAGCAAUUCCCCAGGGUCGAGAUACAAGAACACGUCGUCCGCAUGUACAGUAGAGGUUUUUCGCCCCGUUUCGCCUACGCAAUGUGCCCUGUUCAUUAG